CAAAAUGUCGCCCUCCUUCGUGACUUGACUUCUGUGCCAUCAGACAACAAAGCAUAGUUUAAUUUAGCAAAUCUGACAGUCUACAUAAAUAAUUGUAUUUAAUGAAGCAUGAGACUGCUGAUUACAGUUGCCAGACGUAUUCAUAAACGGCCUCUGUACACUCCGACAUCAUGUCUAAGUUCGGCAGCGAGUUGCUCCGGGGCUGCUACGAACAGCGGCCUGCAGUUCAGAGAUGACCAACUGGUCUGCGGUUCGACCGGAGAGCUGGUCCAGAGGCUUCGCGGUCAGGUGGAGGUGAGGACGGAAUUCAUAAGUGAGGAAGAGGAGGGUGCUCUCAUGAAAGAACUCGAGCCGGGGCUGAGAAAGAAACGAUACGAGUUCGACCACUGGGACGAUGCGAUUCAUGGUUACCGGGAGACAGAGCGUGCUCAGUGGGGAGAGGUGUGUGAGGGGGUGAUGGAUCGCCUCCGAGCUGUGGCUUUCUCUGAGGGCAGCCCUCUCCUAGGCCCUGUGCAUGUCCUGGACCUGGACAAGGCUACAUACAUCAAACCACACAUUGACAGUGUCAAGUUCUGUGGCAGCACUAUAGCAGGGCUGAGUUUGUUGUCAGACAGUGUGAUGCGCUUGGUGAGGGAGGAUGAACCCGCUGAAUAUCUGAACUUGUUUCUGCCCCGUCGCUCUCUCUACAUACUCAGGGUUGUAGUGGAGCAGGUCGAGAGUGUCCGCAUCACCAACAAACUAUCAUGGUCCAAACACACCAAGACAGUUGUGAAGAAGGUACGACAACACCUUUUCCAGUUCAGGAGACUGAAAAGAUUUGGCAUGGGUCCCCAGAUCCUCAAAAGGUUCUACAGCUGCACUAUUGAGAGCAUCCUGACCGGUUGCAUCACCGCCUGGCAUGGCAACUGCUUGGCAUCCGACCGUAAAGCUCUACAAAGGGUAAUGUGUAUGGCCCUGUAGGUCCUGGACCUACAGGUAUAUACUAGGCGGUGUCAGAGGAAGGCCCAAAAAAAUCACUCAAAUCAUAGACUGUUCUCUCUGCUACCACACAUCAACCGGUACCGGAGCUCCAAGUCUAGGUCCAAAAUAGUCCUUAACAGCUUCUACCCUCAAACGGCCACCCCUUUUUUUUUACACUGCUGCUACUCGCUGUUUAUUAUUUAUUAUUUUUAUUAUUUUUAAACAAGCAUUCGUUGUUACACUUCUGUAAUGAAAGACCAAAAUUACUACCAGUUGCAUGUUGUUAUUACACUGUAACUUUGAGUUGUUAGUUAACUACAAUACUUGUUACAGUGUAAUUACACAUUAUAAAAUCUGAAAAAUUAUUCAUUUGAAAAUCCCCAAUAAAAACAUAAUCAUUCUAUUUGAA